GUUAAAAUUACCAGUGACAUCUGUCAAAUAAUAAAUAACGUCUAAAUUCCAUGUAUUAGGUAAUCAGUUUGUGGAUUAUAACUUAUAUAAACAUUAUUACAAGUUAAAAUUCGUAAUGGGAGGUCACGGUCAUCAUCACGAGCCCUACACAAUUCCCGACUGGAGAAUCUACAAAGUGGAAAAUGUGCCCGAGUUACAGAGCGUUCAAAAGGCACUAGCCUCGCAAGGGCUGAAGGAUCCGUGGUUACGCAACGAAGUCUGGCGUUAUGAUGCCAAGCAGUUCGGCACUGAGAAGACCAGGUUGAACAAGGUCUUUUUUAGAGGGUUCAAAUACGGAUUUGGAGCGUUCGUUUUGACCGUCGUCGGCACAGAGAUAUGGGAUAGGAUGUACCCUAGUGAACACGGACAUGCUGACCAUGGCCAUCACCAUUAAGGAAAUUAAUUUAAUUUGUAGUAAUGUAAAUAUAAUUAGUAAUUUACA